AUGAAUCAUUCAGACGGUGCUCAAUCCCCUCCAUAUUUUGGUAUGUAUCCGCUACCCUAUUGGCCAACAAGCUCAUAAUUACUCUUAAUGAUGAACUUUUAGAAUCCUUUAAUGAGUCCAAUCCAUAAUUUAGGUUCUCCAAUUUUAACUUCUCACUUAAGUUUUACAUAGCCAACCAUGAAUUACGAUGUCAAAUAAGAAUAAAAUAACAUCCAAAACUAAUUCAUUCUAGACUCACAAAAUAAAGAAACCACAUAAACUAAAUAACCAUAAUAAUAUACCAACUAAAUUUAAAUCAUUGCUCAGAAAUUAGAUGACAUGAAUUAUAAUGAAAUCACUAUAGAAAACCUUGAAUAAUUAAUUCAUUUGUUGUUUGCAGAAUCACCUAAACUUAAAAAGAUCUAAUAACAACUUAAAGAAAAAAAAUGUAUAAAGGUUGUUAAAAUUCUUGAGACUUUGGCCAAAAAAAUUAGAACACAAUCAAAAAGUAGAGAAGAAUUAAUCAAAUUUUGUCUAAGAAAGGCUUUUAGAGAGAUUUUUCAUAAAAUUUAAGCAAAAAGUACUAAAACAAGUAAUCAAAUCUUUAAAUAUGUAGAACUGAAUCUAAAAGCAGCAUCUAAAAUAUUUUAGUAAACCUAUUAAGCUGAAAAAAUGAAAUCAAUAUCUUUGCCAUUUAGAAAAAAUAGUAAGAAUAAAACUAUGAAUAAUCAUUUUCUACAUGAAUUAUUCUAAUCAAAACAAUUUUAAGAUCAAUAUAAAACAUUCCUUGGUAUAUAUAUAGUUCUUAUUUUUAGAAAAAUUAGAUACAAUUAUUGAAAAUGAUAGAAAUAAAAAAAUAAAAGCAAUUGCUGAAAAAUCAUGGGAAUUUAUCUAAUCUAACAGAAAAGUAAAGAAAAUUAUUAAUUAUUUAUAGACAUACACUUUCAAAAGAUUGCCAUGGUCAAUGAAAAAUAUAGAAAAGUUAAAAGAAACAGCAAAUGAAAUGCUCAAUUACUGUGAUGAUUAAAAAUUUAUUUGA